AUGGUCCCUCACACCCUCAAUUGCAACAACCAACAAAACAUCAUGGGUGACUUGAUCGAAAAUACCAGCACAACUCAGGCUGCCUCCACAACCUUUGGCAAGCCGUUUCUAAAAGAGUUCCUCAUCGACCCGGCUUAUCACAACCUCAACCAGGGAUCAUUCGGCACCUACCCCCGUCCCAUCCAACAUGCCCUCCGUUCAUAUCAGGACAAGGCCGAGGCCCGCCCGGACCAGUUCAUCAGGUACACCUACCACGACCACCUCCGGGAGUCGCGUCAAGCCCUCGCGGACCUCCUCCACGCUCCCCUCUCAACCAUAGUCCUCGUCCCCAACGCCACCACGGGCAUCAACACCGUCCUCCGCAACCUCACCUGGAACUCGGACGGCCUCGACGAGGUCCUCUACUUCACCACCGUCUACGGAAGCUGCGGCAAGACAAUCGACUACAUCGUCGACACCCACCCGGGCCUCGUAUCCACCCGCGCAAUCACCCUGACGUACCCGCUCGAAGAUGAGGAAAUCGUCGCCCUCUUCCGCGAGUCCGUCGCCACAUCCAACAAGGAAGGCAAACGCCCGCGCAUCUGCCUCUUCGACACCGUCUCCAGUCUUCCCGGCGUGCGCUUCCCCUUCGAGGCCAUGGUCGCCGCAUGCCGCGAACUGGGCGUGACGAGUCUCGUCGACGGCGCCCAGGGCGUCGGCAUGUUGCCCUUGGACCUCUCGGCCCUCGACCCGGACUACUUCGUGUCAAACUGCCACAAGUGGCUGCACGUCCCGCGCUCCUGCGCCGUCUUUUACGUCCCCGAACGGAACCAGCAUCACAUGGUGUCCACGGUGCCCACAUCCCACGGUUACGUGCCGCGGUCCGGCGGCCCGCGGUUUAACCCGUUGCCCGUGUCGAAAGACUCGGCUUUUGUCAUGAAUUUCGGCUUCGUCGGCACUUUGGACAACAGUCCGUACCUCUGCGUCAAGGAUGCGAUUGAAUGGCGGAAGAGCAUCGGCGGCGAGGACAAGAUUAUCGAGUACAUCUGGACGCUCGCCAAGGAGGGCGGCAAAAAGGCGGCUGACAUCUUGGGGACGUUCAUCAUGGACAACAAGGCCGAGACGAUGACAAAAUGCGGAAUGGUCAACGUGGCGCUGCCGAUGGUCGCGAGUGAGGAUGCCGAGACCCCGUCAACCGGACCCGACGGCACGAUCACGGUGCCACAGAAGGAAGCGGUCCCCAUCGGUCAGUGGAUCCUAGAAACCCUCGUGCAGGAGUACCAGACCUUCGUUGCCGUCUUCUGCCAUAAUGGUCGCUGGUACACUAGGUUGAGCGCCCAGAUUUACCUCGAGCAGGAGGAUUUCGAGUGGAUUGCACAUACUAUGAAGGAGAUCUGUCAGCGGGUCGGGAAGCAUGAGUACAAGGCCAAGGCAGAAGAACUAGCACGCGUUGCCAAGGAGGCCAAGUAG